CUUGCAUUAUCAAACCCCAACGAGGAUGAAAACUCCAAAGAGGAUGAAAAAUCCAUGUGGAAGAAUAUCGAAAACGAACUUGAAAAAAUACAAAUAGAGGAACUUGGAUAUGAUCAUCCAUUGUGCUCAGGAAUUUUGGAUGAUAGCUCAAAGCCUUUUACCGAAGAAGACAAAAAAGUCUUCAAGGCUCCAAGCAGGAAAUUUUUGAUACAACAUGAUGAAACAUUAAAGGAUAUUUGUAAGAAAUUUGUACUUGGAAAAACAGUUUAUCUGAAUUAUUUUUCAUUUUACUUACUCUUUGUUCGCAAGAACAGCAGAAAGAAUCAAGCAAAAAAAACACAAAUAAUUGGAAAGGAAACAACAUAA